AUGCUUCGAGAAACAGGCACCUACCACGUCGUCCGGAUCGACCCGACGGAUCACCACAAGAUCACAGGACUCUUCUGGACCUAUCCUUGGUGCAUAGAGAUGUGGAGGAAAUACCCAUUGGUUUUGCAGUUGGACAACACGUACAAAACCAACCGCUUUAGUAUGCUACUUUUCCAGGCCACUGGUGUAACGAACGUCACCACCACAUUCAACGCUGCAUUCGGCCUUGUUGAUAACGAGCGGGAGGACGGCUUCGGAUGGUUGGCCCAGCAACUUCUGGCAUGCCAGCUACACUACGGUAUUGAGAGUUCAGGAGUGGUGAUCACCGACUUCGAUAAGGCGCUGAAAAACGCUUUAAAAGACCACCUUCCGGACGCUCACCAGCAGAUUUGCGCAUUCCACAUCAACAAGAAUGUGGUGUUGAAUAUCAAGCGCAAAUGGAAGAAGACAGACGACGAGAAUCAGCAACCGCUGGCGCCGAAUAUCGCCGACGAAGCCUUCGCGGACCCUAUCCUCCUCGAGGAGGCCGACAAGCACCAAUUGCGCCAGCUGAAUGCGCCCCUGGCCGAUGGCGAAGAUCUGGGUGCAAUUCGCCUACCUUCUGAGGGGGAAGUUGCGCAUUCUAACAGCUUUGCUACCACCCACCGCGAGAGGCCGACCUGUGCCUACCCUAUGUUUUUGUUGUCCACCCAAAGCCUUGCGUGUCCAUCUCAAGGCUCACUGUCUAUCCAUCCAAAGCCUUGCUGUCCGUCCCAAGGGUUGCUGUCCGUCCCAAAGCCUGCUGUCCAUCCCAAAGGCAAUUGA